GACCUCGAGGAGGACGAGGAGCAAAGAAGUCUGUUAUUCGACUUGUUUGCAGCUGCUGACCAGAAGCUUCUUUUCAUGAUUUGUGCGUUUUUGCGCAUUUGAACGACUUUGCCGACCAACACGAAUCAAGCCGAGAUGUCGGACAGCGCGGAAAAUGCGCCGCAGGACGAGGUGUCCAGCCCUGAAGAGGCCGAAACAAAGGAGUUCGUGCAGCCUUCGCAACAAGAGAUUGAGAAGCUGGAGGAGGCCAAGUUGAAGGCCAGAUACCCCAAGAACAUCCAGCCCAUGAGCGGACACUCCGCCUUUCUGCAGAAGCGACUCGCCAAAGGGCAAAAAUUCUUUGAUUCCGGAGACUAUCAGAUGGCCAAGCAGAAGAGUUCUUCAGUGGCGGCGGCAGCCAAGCCCAGGGUUACAUCCGUCAUGCAGCCUUUUGCAACGGGCGAGGCAAUCCCCACGCCUGAGACCGUGCCUGUCCGCAAGACGUCCAUCAUCCAGCAGCCCAAGCUGAAUUUCAACAACACCAACAGCAGCAACUAAGAAGAAGUGAUUUUCUCUGCUGCUUCCGCACCUUGGCAGACUCUGCGGCCUCUCGGUCGCCAAUUUUUUUUUCAUCCUUAAGCUUCUCGUUUGCUGUUUAUGAUAAAUUCAAUCAAUCCACCGGUGGCAUAGAAUGCAAUCGACUUGCUGAAAUUGAGAUUUGUGCGACUCGAAGAAAAUUUUAAUUAUUAUGCCACACGACGAGCUAUUUUGUAAGGCACAAAUCCAGUCUACUUUGAACCCGCUGUUUGAUCUGUAAAUAAGAAAAGUAAUACUGAUUGCUAGUUUUAGUAUCUUGUUGUACGAUGAAAAAUGACGAUUUAAUUUAAUUUAAACAUG